GCCGCUCCCGCCGCUCCCGCCGCUCCCGCGCGCUCGGCGGCGCUCUCGCGAGACUUCCCGACAUGGCGCCGGCGGGCAGCGCCAACCUGCCGUGGGUGGAGAAGUACCGUCCGCAGGCGCUGUCCGAGCUGGUGUCUCACCGGGACAUCCUCAGCACCGUGCAACGCUUCAUCAGCGAGGACCGGCUCCCCCAUCUGCUCCUCUAUGGGCCGCCCGGUACCGGGAAGACAUCGACCAUCCUGGCCUGUGCCCGGCAGCUCUACCGGGAGCGGGAGUUCGGCUCCAUGGUGCUGGAGCUCAACGCCUCCGAUGACCGGGGCAUCGACAUCGUCCGAGGGCCCAUCCUGAGCUUCGCCAGCACCAGGACCAUCUUUAAGAAAGGCUUCAAGCUUGUCAUCCUGGAUGAAGCCGAUGCCAUGACCCAGGAUGCUCAGAACGCCCUGAGGAGAGUGAUCGAGAAGUUCACAGAAAACACCCGGUUCUGCCUCAUCUGCAACUACCUGUCCAAGAUCAUUCCCGCCCUGCAAUCCCGCUGCACCCGCUUCCGCUUCGGCCCCCUGACCCCGGAGCUGAUGGUGCCGCGGCUCCAGCACGUCAUCCAGGAGGAGGGGGUGGAUGUGACCGAGGACGGGAUGAAGGCUCUGGUGACCCUCUCGAGCGGGGACAUGCGCAGAGCCCUCAACAUCUUGCAGAGCACCUCCAUGGCCUUUGGGAAGGUGACAGAGGAGAACGUUUACACCUGCACGGGACAUCCCCUCAAGUCUGACAUCACCAACAUCCUCGACUGGAUGCUGAACCAGGAUUUUUCCACUGCCUACCGCAAAAUCAUGGAGCUGAAGACGCUGAAGGGCCUGGCCCUGCAGGACAUCCUCACUGAGAUCCAUCUCUUCGUGCACAGAGUCGACUUCCCCCCCUCCAUCCGCAUCCAGCUGCUGAUCAAGCUGGCAGACAUCGAGUACCGCCUGGCUGCUGGCACCAGCGAGAAGAUCCAGCUGAGCUCCCUCAUCGCCGCCUUCCAGGUCACCAGGGACCUGGUGGUGGCCGAAGCCUGAUCCUGCCUGAUCCUGGAUCUGCUGCUGGAUUUGGGAAGGACCAUCAGCACCAUGCCUGGAGCUGCUUCCUGCAGCUUCCCAGAUCCUUUUUGGAAGCCUUGAGUGCACAGUCAGGGUAAAAAGGUUGUUAAAAGGUAGCAUUAUUCCCAAUGGGAAAAUACAGGUGCCUCCAAAGCCCA